CAUGACAUCGCCCCCUUUUCCUCCUUCCCUCACUUUAAUGAUAUCCUCACAGCACUUCCCAGGCCAAAGGUCAUGACAGUGACGUUCUCCUGAAACCAGUCAACUUCUAUAGAGACCCUUUCUUCCUGGGUAACAGUAUCCCAGUGAUGUGUGAGACGUAUUCCAAGGACGGGACACCUCACCCUACAAACAAGAGAUACUCUUGUGACAGGAUAAUGGAGAGAGUGAUGGAUGAGGAGAACCCAGAGUUUGCCAUAGAGCAGGAGUACACUCUACUGGACUACGAUGGUCACCCAUUUGGCUGGCCAAAGUCGGGCUACCCUGGACAGCAAGGUCCCUACUACUGUGCUGUGGGAGCCACCAACGUCUUUGGUACUCAGAUAUCAGAGGCUCAUUACAAGGCGUGUCUGUAUGCAGGGCUGUGUGUGAGUGGCUCCAAUGCAGAGGUGAUGCCAGCUCAGUGGGAGUACCAGGUUGGACCUUGUCCGGGGAUCGCCAUGGGAGAUGAACUAUGGGUCUCCAGGUACAUCUUGCACCGUGCGGCGGAGGAUUUCGGAGUGAUAGUGACACUGGACCCCAAACCCAUGCCGGGAGACUGGAACGGGGCUGGAGGCCACUGCAACUUCAGCACCUCCAGAAUGAAGGCUGAUAAUGGCAUGAAGGUGAUGGAGGAGGCCAUUCAGAGACUGGAGAAGAGACACAAGGAACACAUCAUACUCUAUGACCCCAGUGGAGUGAGUGGAGGGGAGAGAGGGAGGGGGCGAUGAGAGUAAGGAAGGGAAGUUUGGUGAUAAUCAGGCACUUUUAUCACUUCAUCACUC